AUGUAUUAUUACGUAACCGUUCAUUUAUUAGAUUUCUACAUUACGUAUGUUACGACAAUAUUAUUAGGAUUGACGAAUGGUUUAUUUUAUCUCAUUACAAUGAGAUUAAUUAGGAAGCGGUGGAAGGUCGGUAAAUCAAAUAAUAAUAAUGUGAGUAAUGAUCAUGAGCAGUUUAUUGAUAUGGAGCAUAUCGAUGAAAUCGAUGAUAGUAUCAUCGUUGGUGGCUAUAUUGAUGAUGUGGAAGAUUCGGAUGGUGAAUGUGAUUUGAUAAGAAUUAGUUGUGAGAAUGAAGAUAACGAUAGGAACGAAGAUAGAUAA